AUGACAAACUCUUCCCAAUCCAAGCGAAAAGGGGCGGGCCUACUUCACCGCAUUGCCAGCCCAUUCAGACCCAAAAAUAGCUAUCCCCCCAAGUAUCUUGACCUCACCGGCAAAACAGCUCUCGUCACAGGUACAACCAGCGGUCUUGGCCUCGAGGCAUGUCGACAGCUCCUCUUCCACGGCGUGUCCCAGCUCAUCAUGAGCGUCUGGGUUCUGGAAAUGGAGGCAUAUGACUCUGUCAUUGCUUUCGCUGAGCAUGCCGUAGUUCAUCUGGAUCGUCUCGACAUGGUCAUCCUCAACGCCGGAACCCUCGAAUCAGAGGCCUCGGUAUCGCCAUAUACAGACAAUGGAACGAUGUUCCAAGUUAACUAUCUUUCGACAGCCCUGCUAGCCAAACUCCUUGUCCCUGUGCUCAAGAUUAUCCAGCCGGAAAGGGAACCAUCACGGUUGACAGUCAUCACUACUGGUUUCUACAACCCCCAUAAGGACAGGUUUUCACUGCCAGAUUUUGAAGAUAUGUGUCGCACCGAAUUGUUGGAAGAUGGCUUUCGUGCCAAGAUGAAGCGAUUCCGCCAGUCCAAGCGGUUCCUGCAACCGUACCUGUCCAUGCUGGCCGCCGUCGUCAACCCCAACGAAACACUCAGCUCACUGAAAAUUCAAUGCACAAGGGAUGGUUUCGCAGAAAGCUCGGGGUCGGUCAUGCAUGCACUUGUUGGCAGAACUCUGGAGACAGGCGCAGCAGCCUACAUCGAUGCGGUAGCUGUCAAGGGCAAAGAAUCGCACGGCGAAACUCUUUCCCUCUGCCGCUCCAUACCCAGCACUAUGGGUUGCUGCAAACCCCCUGAAUGGCAAGACUUUGAGAGGCAUCUUUGGGAUAUGACUGAGCUUGAGUUCCACUCACUUUUUGUAGACUCGCAGACGCUGGGGGCAAAAAUCUACAAUGCUAGUACGGUUGAAGAUUGGCGUAAAUUGCUUCAGACAUGA